ACAGCUGCCCUACCCACCCAUUAUCUGUCCUGCAUCCCACUGCCCACCACUGCCUGUGUCCCACCAAGGAUGGAGGCCAUCAAGAAGAAGAUGCAGAUGCUGAAGCUGGACAAGGAGAAUGCCCUGGACCGGGCAGAGCAGGCAGAGGCUGAGCAGAAGCAGGCAGAGGAGCGGAGCAAGCAGCUGGAGGAUGAGCUAGCUGCUAUGCAGAAGAAGCUAAAGGGGACAGAGGAUGAACUGGACAAAUACUCUGAGGCCCUGAAAGACGCCCAGGAGAAACUGGAGCUGGCAGAGAAGAAGGCGGCGGAUGCUGAGGCAGAAGUGGCAUCUUUGAAUCGCCGUAUCCAGCUGGUAGAGGAGGAGUUGGACCGAGCUCAGGAGCGCCUUGCCACAGCUCUGCAGAAGCUGGAAGAGGCAGAGAAGGCAGCAGAUGAGAGCGAAAGAGGCAUGAAAGUCAUUGAAAACAGAGCUCUGAAAGAUGAGGAGAAGAUGGAACUGCAGGAGAUCCAGCUCAAGGAAGCCAAGCACAUUGCAGAGGAGGCAGACAGAAAGUAUGAGGAGGUUGCUCGGAAACUGGUGAUCAUUGAAGGAGAUCUGGAGCGCACUGAAGAGAGAGCUGAACUUGCAGAGUCUAAAUGUUCCGAGCUGGAGGAGGAGCUGAAGAAUGUCACCAACAAUCUCAAGUCUCUUGAGGCUCAGGCUGAGAAGUACUCUCAAAAAGAGGAUAAAUAUGAAGAAGAGAUCAAGAUUCUGACUGAUAAACUCAAAGAGGCGGAGACCCGUGCUGAAUUUGCUGAACGCUCUGUAGCCAAGCUGGAGAAGACCAUUGAUGAUCUGGAAGAUGAGCUCUAUGCCCAGAAACUGAAGUACAAAGCAAUUAGUGAGGAACUGGACCACGCCCUGAAUGACAUGACUUCCAUAUAAACUGAAAUCCACCAAAGAGGAACAUCUCUGCACGCAAAGAAUGCUGGACCAGACCCUGCUAGACCUGAACGAGAUGUAAUGGAUCCCUGCCACUGCCUCCGCCAUGCAAUGCCUGCUCAGCUGCUGCUGCCCUCUAACCCUGGGACCAGAGUUUACUUUCUGUUGCCAAUUUGACCAAACACAAAUCUCCUUUGUUCCUGGGUUAAAGGCCACCAUGUUGGGCAGAGCUUCAAACAGCAUCAUUAAGGGAAAUAAGCAAUGCAAUAAUGUUUGGAGAGCAUGUUUGAGAUGUACACAUUUUGUAACUACCUUUUUUUGUAGCAGCCAUUAUAAACAUUCCAAAUAACGUGUGAGCUGGUGAGCUAUACUUCAAAGCUCUUGGCUUUAAAAUUUGGUAUUAACCUUCUGUUAAUUGGCUCUGGGCCACCCUGCUUUGGCAGGGCAAGAAAUGGAUAUGAUGGUUCUGGCUGUGAGUCAGAGUAGCCAAGCUAGGGAUGAAAGCCUGUUGGGAAAACUUCUUUCCAGGAGCUGUUUGCUAAAAGCACAGUUCAGUUUUUCAGCUUUAAGGUAACUCUGUGUUGGGAAGGAACAACUUGGGUGAAAGCAUCAUUUUUUUGGGUGUGUUUGUUUUUUUUUUUAAGCCAAGCCCGUCAUCUGAACAAUUGAACCCUCACAGGGAUUGUGUCCCUUCCCCUCCAUACCUGAAGGGCUUAGAGAAGCCACUGUCCCUGUAACCCAUUGCUACCCUGAGGCUGACUUUGCCUUCACUAAGUGCUGAUGCACCAAGCUUCACUGCUCAUCACUGGGUUACACUUAACUGCUUAAGUACAACAGCCUUGUGUUCUUGGAGAAGUGGUUUUGCCUACCUGGAGGGAUGGAGCCAAGCCUUCCCUCCUGCCCAGGACUGCUCUUACUGUCUUAAUUGAGUACGAGCCAUCUUGCUGUGCAUUGCUGAUGUGUUGUGGUUGUGAGGUGUGAGUGUGGCAAUGUCACACUUGCAGUGUGUAGCUUGUGGUUUGAGCAUGCUGCUUGGUUGUAGCAGUUUUUGGGGCCAAUCUGGAGACAAAAACCCUAUCCAGUGUUUUGAUACUAAAUUGAAAAAUUGUGUUACUGUCUUUUGAAAUAAAAACUGAUCCCUCCUCA